AUGGCAACCACGCGAUAUCCGCUCACGCCUGCCCUGAGGAGACUGGCAACGGGCUCGGUGCAGCUUGGCCGGCAGGCGGCGCGGUGCUUCAGCAGCGGCCGCCCGCGACUUCUCCAGCAGACGGCAACUUGCCAGGCCCAGGGUGACUACACCAGCACCAAGUAUCCGGACAUCAAGAGGGAUGACCGCUUUGCGCGGCUCACGCCCGACCAUGUCGCCUUCUUCAAAGGCCUCCUCGGCAGCGGGUCCGCCGUGAUCGACGGUGUAACAAGCGACGCUGCGGCCGACGAUCUGGAGUCUUUCAACAGCGAUUGGAUGCGCAAAUACCGCGGCCACUGCCAGCUGGUGCUCAAGCCUGGCUCGACGGACGAGGUCAGCAAGAUCCUCAAGUACUGCAACGAUAACAUGCUGGCCGUCGUCCCCCAAGGCGGCAAUACCGGCCUCGUCGGUGGCUCCGUCCCCGUAUUCGAUGAGAUCGUCAUCAACCUCAGCCGCAUGGACCAGAUUAUCGAGUUUGACGAUGUCAGCGGCACCUUGGUUGCCGGCGCUGGAUGCAUCCUUGAGGUUGCUGACCAGUUCCUGGCCGGAAAAGGCUACAUCUUUCCCCUCGACCUCGGCGCUAAGGGCUCGUGCCACAUUGGAGGCAACCUAUCCACCAAUGCGGGCGGCUUGCGCCUGCUGCGAUAUGGGAGCCUGCACGGUAGUGUGCUCGGCAUUGAGGCCGUGCUCGCCGAUGGCACCAUUGUCGACGAUCUCUGCAAGCUGCGCAAGAACAACACGGGCUACGACCUGAAGCAGCUGUUCAUCGGCGCAGAGGGUACCAUUGGCAUCAUCACUAAGGUGUCUAUCCAGUGUCCCCAGCGCUCUCCGGCCCAGAACGUCGCCUUCUUCGGCCUCGAGUCAUUCGAGCAGGUCCAAAAGGCAUUCCGGGCGGCCAAGGGCCAGCUCUCCGAGAUCCUCUCAGCCUUUGAGCUCAUGGACGAGGGCAGCCAGGCGCUGGUCCGGGAGGUGACUGGCAACAGGAGACCGCUGGACGGCCAGUAUCCCUUCUACUGCCUGGUGGAGACGAGCGGGUCCAAUGCCGACCACGACAGCGAGAAGCUCGAGGCGUUCCUCGAGGACGUCAUGGAGAAGGGCAUUGUGCUCGACGGCACGCUGGCGCAGGACGAGACGCAGAGGCGAGCGCUGUGGGGGUGGCGCGAGGGCAUUCCGGAAGUCCUGGGCCACUUUGGCGGUGUCUACAAGUACGAUGUGUCCAUACCGAUCAAGCAGAUGUACCAGAUGGUCGAGGACACGCGCGCGCGGAUCGACGCCGCUGGCCUGCUGGGCGACACGGAUGAGCAUCCCGUGCGGGCCGUUGUGGGGUACGGCCACAUGGGAGACUCGAACCUCCACCUCAACGUGUCGACCCGGCGCUUCGACGAGAGGGUCGAGAAGGUGCUCGAGCCCUUCGUCUACGAGUGGAUUUCCGAGCGCCAGGGCAGCAUCAGUGCUGAGCACGGGCUAGGGCUGGCCAAGAAGAAGUACAUUGGGUACAGCCGCACUCCCACCAUGCUUGGUCUGAUGAAACACAUCAAGACGUUAUAUGACCCGAAUGGCAUCUUGAAUCCUUACAAAUACAUAUAA